AUGAGCCUGGCAGCACGGUUCGCCGAUCGAGAAGAUCUUCGACUACUUGGCCCAAACCUUCGUACACAGGCUAGCAAUCUCCUCAAAGCGGAUCUUGAGACCCUGACUGUGCAGAGCGUGCAGGCCUGGAUCGUGCUCGGCAAUGCGUACGGUGCUGACUGCGAGUGGGCAACGGAGAGCCUGUACUUUGGCAUUGCGAUCCGGACUGCGCAUAUCAUUCGACUUCAUGAGGCGCACGCCGGCGAAACUGCAGUAGAGCACGAAGUGAGGUUGCGAGUAUGGUGGUCGCUAUACAUGCUUGACCGAUGGUCGGCCGCUGGAUUGGGAACACCACGCCAAAUGGCCAACCGGCAUAUGUCUCAACAGUUGCCACGAGAGGAGCACGUCUUUCACACUCUGAGCUCCUCUCAGCAGGAUUGGCCAGAGCCUCGAAGGCUGGGUAUGUGGGCAUAUAUGAUCACGCUCGUGGAAGUCUUCGGACCUAUUCAAGACUUCAACCGGACAUUGUCGACUGGGAUCCUGGAUCAGGCUACUGUGACAGACACAGUAGCAAGGCUUGGCUCAAGACUGGAGCAUUGGCGGCAGAGUCUACCAUCGGAUUUAUCGCUCGAUCCGCAGACCAUGGCGCUCCACCAGCAGCGAGGCCACGGGAGGACCUUCGUGGCUUUACAUCUCGGCUACUAUCACUACGGGACACUGCUGUACUUCUCGUAUCUGGAUGGGUCGGCUGCACAGCUCCCUUUGGCUGACAUGUAUGCUCAGCGAUGCCGAGAGUACGCAUCCGCGCUUAGUGAUCUGCUACGAACUUCCUAUGAGAUGGAAGGCUGCGAAGUCAUGUACAACAUUGUCGGCCACAUGGCUGUCGUUUCUUCUUCAGUACUGAUCCAUAACCUUCUAUUCGGCGAUCAGCGGGAACUUGACAACGCCAGAGGCCGGUUGGAGUCAAACUUUCGCAUCAUCAUGAAAUUAAAAUCGUGGUGGCCAAGUGUCGACCGAAUGAAAGCGCGACUGUUCAUGUUCCAGAAAGCAUGCUUGCAGUCCAUCGAUCAGAGAACGCAUAAGGUGGAUCACUGGAUGGUGGAAUUUCUACUCGAACACGGGAAUGUAUUGGACGAGCGGUCACAAUUGGAAGGGGACACCCCGUCUCCUCAUGAUGUGUCGAGCACUUCACCAACAACGCAAGCGGUGUUUGAGAGGAGUAGACUGACGAGGAGCGCUUUGUCUGCUCUGAAUUGA